AUGUCCACGACGCAGAGUUCCGUGGCGGGCCUUCCAGCCGCCGCUCUCAUAUCUUUGAAAGCCGACCAGUCUGUCCUUGACCGUAGUUGCUUUGCCGGCUUUGGCGCUCAGCAUGAGACAGAAGCUGCAAUGCCACUUCCCUCCAAUGAGAGCGUCGCCGCCGGAAUCUCGCAGCUGUCCAUCGGGUCCUCCAAGCAGGAGCCACCAAAGCGAGAGCCCCGGAGAGAAGGCAACGAGAAUCCGGAGCCCACCCUGCUCCCCGAGCCUGCCAUCACGGGUACUCCUGAAGGCUCCGGGGCAGCAACAUCGCCGAGCGGUGGCGGCUCCAGUAGUCAAGACGAGGAUGUUGCCGGAGGAUGGGACCCUAGGGACGAAGAGUACCCCGUCGCCCCGCCUCCGUCCCCGGCGGACCGAAAGACGGCGGCGGGGUUUGAGCAGUUCUUCAGAAUCCAGCCGUCAAGACUGGGCGGGUUGGGAGCUUUCGCGGUGAGGGAGCUCAAGAGGGGGGAGACCAUCCUGGUGGAGAAGCCGAUCCUGCGCACCACCCACUUCCGGCUCAUGCCGGAUUAUCACAGCCUCUCCGAGGAAGCGAAGAGGGUGUACCUGAGCCUCCACGGCGGCGAGGAUGGGGACCCCUUCAGCAGGGUCGAACGGAUCAAAAGCCUGAAUUCCUUUGUCGUCCCAGGUGGGAUCGCAAUCUUCGAGAUCGCUUCUCGCUUCAACCAUGCUUGCGCGUCAGUGCGGAAUGUCCAGUACGUAUUUGACGACGAGCGGGGCGUCCUCUCACUCACCAUUUGUCAAGACGUCGUCCCGGCGGGCACUGAGCUCUUGCUCAACUACGGCGGUUCGCCUAUCGACCUGUACACGACCUACGGCUUCCGAUGCGCCUGCGGCGGCUGCACGCCGCUAACCGACGAAGACAUCAGAAGACUGAAGGACGAGACGUAUGGGAUCUUCGAGCCUUGGUAG